AUGCAGGAAAACUGUACCAUAUCCCACGGAUCCGAAGCUUCCUCGGUCGAAUUCCAAGCUUUCGACCAGGCCAGCGAGAGCCUCUUCAAGAAGAAGGAGAAGAAGCCGAGUGACCAGGAGGUCUGGAUGAUGUAUGCGGGAACCAUGUCGUGCCCCGUUCUCACACCGCCUGAGUCUCAGCAUCGUACACCACCUGAGCCGGAGGAAGAGCCUGUGGAUGAUUCAUCUGUAGAGGAGACGCCAACCAAAACUCAUCACCGCCGAGUCUCAUCUGCAGUACCAUCCAAACCACUUCCCAUUCUCCCACUCGACACAUUCCUUCCGAAACACGACAUCACUAACUACGAAGCCGCGCUGGAGAAGGCGGUUCAGGAGCUGCAAAACGACUUUCAGUCUGGCGCUCGACAGCUUGCAGAUGCUUCUCUGGCUCACCUCGCUCACAUCAGUGAGAUUGGCGCAUCUGUAGCGACAACAUGGGGCAAGUUCUGGGCUAUCAUGGUCCACGCAGCGAAACAGCUUGGACAAGCACGACCAAGCAUGAGUGCCGCCAUUACUUCAUGUUUGCUCCGCACACUCGAACGAGUUGCCAGGCGCUGGAACGACGAGACUGAGAAAGGUCAGCGAAACACAGAAGACCUAGUCCGUAUCGCUCGAGGCCUGCUAGAGGAGAUCCGAACAGAGAGACGCCAAAUCAGUGCACGCUUGGACGAGACGUUCGCUGUAUGGCUCAAAGAAAACUUCACCCAAAAGCCGCCUUCCGGUGUGCCAUUCAUCUCCGGCCCAGGCAUUCCAUUCAACAUUCCCACGCCCCCCAAAACUCCAAGGACCAUUCGCAUCCUGACACUCAGCAAUUCGAGCACAAUUCGUUCCGUCAUACUUCAUGCUUUGGCAGCUCUGCCAACUUUCGACUUCCACCUUACCAUCCUCGAGUCCCGACCGCGCUGCGAGGGCGCAGACAUGGCAUCGCACAUCCUCUCGGCCGCCACUGACAAACAGCGUAUCGCAGUCCGCAUCGUCCCCGACAGCGCUGUCGGCACCGCCGCACGCAACAUCGACAUCGUGCUGCUUGGCGCUGACCGAAUUUCGUCCGCCGGCGACGUGAGCAAUAAGUCUGGCUCGCUGGCCGCCGCGCUUUGCGUCAAGCAACUCAAUUCCAACGCCGCGGUCAUCGUCGUCAGCGACAUUGACAAGAUCGCCGCCCCGGAACUCGAGGAGAGCGCGCGAGAGAGCCAUCCGGCGCAUGAGUUGAGUUCGGCCUGGGCGCCGGACACGCGCAACAAGCUCGAGGAAAUGGAGAAGUUGGAGGUGUUUGGCGAGUGGUUUGAGUGGGUGCCGGCCAAGUACAUCGACAUGUACGUGACGGAGCUGGGCAUCCUGGACAUUGAGGAUGUAGAGCGCGUGGCAAAGGAGAUCCAGCAGUUGGACGAGUACAUUUUCCAGAAGAAGAAGGAUGGCGAGGGUAGUGCGAGGACGUCGACGGAGGGAAGUUCCAAGGAGGGAUCGGUGGGGGAUAGGGAAGUCGAGCAUCCGGUGUGGCGGUCCGAGGCUAGGACCAUUUUCUAA